AUGGAUCACUCGAUGCAUAUGGGCCAUGGUAUGGGCCAUGGCGAUAUGGAUAUGGGUGAAGGUCAAUGCAACAUGAACAUGAUCUUUACCUGGUCCUCCGAGAACCUUUGCAUCAUUUUCCGCCAGUGGCGCAUUACAGGCCCGCUUUCCUUCUUCUUCUCGCUCAUCCUUAUCGUUCUCCUCACGGCGGGUUACGAGGGUAUUCGCAAUAUUACCCGGAAAUACGAAUCAGCACACACACGACGCAUCAAUGCUUUCGCUGGAAGAUCAUCAACUGGAGAUGAUACCGACCCAUCCAUCGCCAAUGUUACCGCCGAGACUGCUGGAUUGCCUAUCAAUCACGACGAGAGCUCACGAUUACUUGUAGGAAGGGAUAAUCAGGCUGCUGUUAUUCGCCGAGGGAAGAUUACUAUGGCUGCCUUGUAUGCCAUUCAGGUCUUUUACAGCUUUUUUAUCAUGCUUCUCUUCAUGACUUACAACGGCACGGUUAUGAUCGCUGUUGCUGUUGGUGCUUUCGUAGGUUACCUCGCUUUCGCGGAUGGGGCUCCUGCUACCAAGUCGGUUGCUUGCCACUAA